AAGUGCGCGUCCACAUCGCCCUGCCCUCUGCGCGUCCCCGAUUCAGUAGGGCUCGAGCCGUUAACGGAGCGGUGGUGGAUCACGGACGUGUGAUCACACAUUUCUCCCGAUCAAAACACCCACCAGAGCCCGCGUCCAGUUUAACGACAGUUCCGCGAUAUCUGGAUUACGAUGGCGCACACGGGCGCGUAAGGAGAGCGUUGUCGUUCGCUGAAGGUACUGAAAGCACAGUUUCUUACUGUGCGUGGGAGUGAAGUUCAGCCUGCAGUUUGUGUGUGAGAUGGAGGGCUUUCCUGUCCACUGACGCUGCAGCACUGCCUUGCAGUCAUGUCUGCAUGCAACACAUUCACUGAACAUGUAUGGAAACCAGGGGAGUGCAAAAACUGCUUUAAGCCCAAGAGCCUACAUCGACCACCAGAGUCAGCCAGUGAGUGCAAGACGAAUAUCAAUGCCAAACUCACAAACAGCCAGAGGAGCACUUCCUCAUCCCGUGCAGGGCAGGUCCGCCCACCUGUCGCCAAGAAACCUACUAUUGCCGUAAAGCCUACAAUGAUGCUGCCAUGCUCCCCACCAGGAUUGGACUCUGAGGGAAAUGUGCCAAGGCUUGCAGAGGGACCACAGGUCACUAAGAGCUCACCUUUUACCGUGUGGAACCACAACAGCCUGAAUAGCCUCAGACCUGCAGGGACAAACAACAAUCAAGGGGAGGAUUUGGUCGGGCAAACAGAGGCAUACAGUGCAAUCUCCCUGCAGCCAACUAGCAGCAACAACAAUGGACUGACAGAUGUGCUAAAAGAGAUUGCUGGAUUGGGAUCUUCUCCAAGCACAAGUAGAAAUGACUUUUUUGGCAGGAUCUGCAGUUCAUAUCGACGCUCGUUAGAGAGGGGCCUUCCAGCGGCAAGCUGUCUUCAUGCUGGAAGUAGCGGAAGAGGAGCGAUGAAACGAGUUUCCCUCAGUGACAGCACAGAGGUCAUUAGCACUGAGGGUGGACGAUUCUGCUAUCCAGAAUUCUCCAGCGAUGGUGAUGAUGAGGAGGAAGAUAGUGAUGAGGAUGAUGAUGGAGAACAUGACAGUUGGGAUGAAAGCGACGAAGAGUUGCUAGCAAUGGGGAUAAGAAUGCGGGGUCAACCUCGUUUUGCUAAUUUUCGUGCCGCCACUCUGUCCCCAGUUCCUUUUGCUUUAGUGAAAAAGUGGAAUACAGUGCCUCUACGUAACCGUUCACUACAGCGUUUCUGUGCAGUCGAUUAUGAUGACAGUUAUGAUGAGAUUCUCAAUGGAUACCCAUCUGUUGACUCAAAUGGAGCUCCUGCUCUUCUCUCAUACACUUCUGACCACCAGGGAAGUGGCUUUUUGUCCACUUCUGAGUCCACCACCUCACCUGAGUCCUUGGCAUCUCUUCCUGAAGAAACUUGCACUGAGAGCAGUCGGGACACUGAUGACCAUAGAAAUGGUCUUCCUUUCCCACCUAACAAAGAAACAUCAAGUAGAGGACCAAGUUCUCCAAAAUCCAAUGAAACUCAUAAAGCUGUUCUAGCAAUUCGACUAGAAGAACAAGAUGACAGUCAAAGAGAGGGUGGGGCUCUCCCACAAGCUCUUCCAGGCCAGCCAAUCACAAUCAGCUUCAGCCCAACAGAGGAGCAGGCCAAGCCCUAUCGAGUAGUGAAUCUUGAGAAAGCUCCUAUCUGUAAACCCUAUACAGUGGUUGAUGUGUCUGCCUCUAUGGCCACGAAAGAUAACACUCAUUUGAGUGAAAUUACUCCAAAGUCAAGUGUUACAGUUGACCCCUGUCCUGUCUCACCCAUCUCCCCUCAGUCCCCCAGAUCUCCCAUGUCACCUGUGACAUCCCCCUCUAUUUCUUUGUCCCCACUGAUGCCUCAGUCUCCCAUAGGUUCUUCUUCUGGACUCAGCGGUUUCCGCACAAAACCUGGUAGCAUCCGUUACCAAGAAGUGUGGACGUCUUGCACCAGCCCUCGACAGAAGAUUCCCAAGGUUGAUUUAACAAGUGGCAGUGCCGAUCCAAGACUCAUCAAUCACAAAUCUGCUCCCACAUCUCCCACUGCAGCCUUCGGCUCAGCUCGCACAGUGCCAACUAAAUCCCCCAAUUUGUCUGAGAUUAAAUUCAACAGCUACAACAAUGCUGGCAUGCCCCCAUUUCCCAUCAUCAUCCGCGAUGAGCCUGCAUAUGCACGCAGCUCUAAAAAAGCAGUGAAGGUUCCCAUAGUGAUUAAUCCCAGUGCUUAUGAUAACCUGGCUGUUUACAAGAGUUUCCUGGGACUCAACGGUGAACUGCCACAUUCCAAACCUGGCGCUGGGGAGCGAGUGGCCAGCCACACAUAUGAGGAGAUUGGAUCUUCUGAAAGUUCUCAGCCCUCUCCAUCUGAGCAAAAACCUCCUCCAAUCAGCGCAGAUUUAACUGCUACCGGGGAAUUGAGGACAACCACAGUAAAUGAUGGCAAAUACAGGACUACAACAGGUGUUGCAUUCCAUGCUGGUAUCCAGAGCACUAACCCUGCCUUUUUAGCCCAUAGCAGUUUGGAUCGUAUUCGUAACCCCAGCAGUGAGCAACCCCCAGAGGGCAGUAAAGAUUGCCAACUUGCAUCAAGUGGAAGUUCAGGUCAGAGAGAGAAAGCAAGUGCUGUCUUGUCUCAGAUUGUGUCUUCAAUUCAGCCGCCGGUUUCUCCACCAGAGUCUCCUGCCGGCCAGAGUAAAACCUGCAGUGCUGAGGAGCUUUACUCACUGCCACCAGAUGCUUCCAGAGACACUACUGUGAACAGACCUAAGUCACUCCAUUGUUCUGCAGAACCUCACAAAGAAACACCACACAAACUCCUUCCCAAAUCUCAGAGUGCCUCUGCUGCUGUACCACCCACAAGCCCCAAAUCUGAAACAUCUGCCCCAUUCCCCCCGGUCCGGUCUAGCUCUUCUCCUUACCAUUCAAGCAACCUGCUCCAAAGGCACUUCAACUGGACCAGACCAGCUGGGGCCAAAUCUACUGAUGGAGAGACCAGUCCUGGUGCAGAGGGCAGGCGUUCCAGUGAUGGCAACAAGCCAAAACGCUGGAUAUCUUUCAAGAGUUUCUUCCGCCGGCGGAAGGAUGAGGAUGAACAGAAAGAGAAAAUGGAGCGUGAAAAGGAAAAAGGGAAGCUGCUGGGAUUGGAUGGGACUGUCAUAACCGUACUGCCUCCUCCACCAUUACAGAGACAGCAGUGGUUUUCAGAAUCCAAGACAGAUGACCCUCUCCAGAAACCCACAAUCAUAUUCACCUACAAAUCAGAGAGUGCCACAGGUGGAGAGGAGGCAGAGCUACGUGUGGAGGAGCACAAAGAAAGUGUCACAGCAGAAGGUGGAGCCUCCAGCCUGUCCACUCCACCCAAGAGCAGAGCCAGUCUCCUCAUUAGCAAAGUCAUGAAUCAACUUCCAGUUCAGGAGACUGAGAUCUCCUCUGCCACAUCUCUUCCUGCUAAGCUGGAGCUGUCGCCCCUGCGCGAGCCGCCCGCGUCCUGUCCGCCCCCUGCGUCGCCCACCUCAAACAGCAGCAGGCAGGCAGAUCCAGAGGAAGAGGGAAUCGCUCACACCAUCUCACGCUCUCCUGAGUCCAACAGCUGCAGGGCCACGUACACCAACCUGGGUCAGUCCAGGGCCAACAUGAUCCCUGUCAAACAUCCCAGGCAUCCUAAAGCAUCCGAUGACACCUUAACCUCUGACCCGGAGGUUUCUGAGCUCACGAAUAAAUCCACCCCUCCUCCACUUCCCAAAAAGUUAGUUCCACGUGCUCAAAUAGACUCGUCUGCUGCAGGUAAAGAACUUGCCCCACGGCCCAAAGGAGAAGCCAGACCUGGUGGGACCAGUCUAAGCGUUGCCAAUCCACUUUAUGAUCUCGAGUCCACUUGGGACACGGCCAGUCAGAGCUCCUCGCUAAGUUCAGAGGCACGGCAUCAUGAUGAAUCAGGAGACUCUUUGGAGUGUCCCGUAGGCGGACGAAGCCUGUCUUGUUUGACCAGUAGCACCUCCAUGCAAGGAUGUGACCGGCGGGGCUACCGCAGUACAGAGAGUCUGACAGCCCGCACACGAGGCCCUGGGAGACUCACUAAAGGACAGAAACAGAUGCCAUAUAGAGGCAUGGAGAGCUGGGAGGAAGUGGUCGGGAGGAUCAGAGGCCUACACACAGAUACUCUCCGUAAGUUGGCAACCAGAUGUGAAGAUCGUUUCAUGGCUGGACAAAAAGAUCAUCUUCGCUUCGGGACAGACAGCUGGUCUCACUUCCGAUUGACUGCGGGAAAACCCUGCUGUGAGGCGGGAGAUGCCGUGUACUACACUGCAUCUUUCGCCAAAGAGCCUCUGAUGAACUACGCUGUCAAGAUCUGUCGAGGUGUGGUGAAGGAGACCCAGCAGCAGUUUUUCCACAGCCUAGCCGUUCGGCAGAGCAUUGCUGUUCACUUCAACAUCCAGCAGGACUGCGGGCACUUUCUGGCAGACGUUCCAGCACGCCUGCUUCCUUGGGAGCAAAAGGAGGAUAAAGAUGAGCGAGGCGGUACAGAAGGAGGAGAAGAUGAAAAAGAGGAUGCAGCAGGUCCAGGUGGGAAACUCUGCAGUUGUGUUGUAGUGAUCACUCGUGAGGUGCCCUUCCAGACAGUGGCGGAUUUCGUACGUGAAGGUGUGGAGCGGCACGCAAGAAACCCUGAGCUCUAUGAACGGCAGGUGUGCCUGCUGCUCCUGCAGUUGUGUGCGGGAUUGGAGCACAUGAAACCCUACCACGUCACGCAUUGCGAUCUGCGCCUCGAGAACCUCCUCCUGGUACACUGUCAGCCUGGAAACCCUUGGAACCUGGAGCUCCUGGAACCGAACAACAACGCCGCAUCCGGAUCUUCCACUGCAGCAGCUUCUGCAUGUCCUGCUCGCCUCAUUAUCAGCAACUUUUCUCAGGCCAAACUCAAGAACGUGGUACUGGAGCCUGCUUCGUUCCGAGACCAUUCCCGUCUGGCACCCGAACUUCUCACUGCCACACAGUACCGCAAGUGCGAUGAAUUCCAGACCGGCAUACUAAUCUAUGAGAUGCUACAUCGUCCGAACCCAUUUGAGGAUAGUCCGGAGCUAAAGGAGAGGGAAUACUGCAGCUCUGAUUUGCCCCAGUUGCCACUACGAUCCCUCUACUCCAACGGCCUUCAACAACUCGCCACAUUGCUUCUCAACCCUAACCCUUCCGAACGCAUCCAGAUGGCGGAUGCAAGGGCAUGUUUGCAGUGUCUUUUAUGGGGUCCACGAGAGGAUCUGUUUAAUUCGCUGAACCCUGGAGCCGGGACAGUCCAACGACACACUGUCCUGCAGAACUGGCUGGACCUGAAGCGAACACUUAUGAUGAUCAAGUUUGCGGAGCGUUCUUUGGAAUCGGGCUGCGGUGUGAGUUUGGAGGACUGGUUGUGCUGUCAGUAUCUGGCUUUCUCUACCACUGAAUCUCUCAGUAGAGUGAUAAAGAUCCUGCAGCAGCCGCAGGGUGUGCUUAUAUGAUUUUAUGUGCUUAUAUCACACUAAGGACACUUGUGCGCUGUACAGAAGUGUGAUUUUUAUUCGAGGAACCUAAUCUUUUGACUUUGUUGGUGAAUGUGUUUGCGUUUGGUUUACUUGUGAUUUGGACUGUGGUGAUAGAUUGAUGCAUUGCGAAUUGAGAAAUGAUUCUGCAUCGAUUUCUACGAAUUCAUUGUGAUUUCUCUCUUGAAUUGACUCAGAGCUUAGUUUUAACAAAACACUUGCAGCCAUACUUGCAUCCAAUUUCUUAGACACACUACUUACUAAAAUAAUCAUUCAUAAAGUUAGGAAAGAUUUGAGCGAAUUACAAUUUCUCUUAGUGAGCUGUUUAAAAUAAACAAAGUCCGAGGUAUAUUUGAACACUUGCAUGACUCACUAAAUGCACAAGCAGUCUCAUUUGUGAGCGUUUAAAUAUGGGAAAUCCUAUCGUAAUCUAGAACGCAAUCUGCAUUAAAAACUAUAAUACAGCUACAUCUAUUAUUUAAAAACUGGAAUUCAGCGCCAUCUGCUGUUAAACUAGCCUGGAACACCAUUUGCAAUUGAAAACUAGCUUAGAGCGCAAUCUGUUGUUAUAAACUAGCCUACAGCGCCAUCUUAGAGUGCCAUGUGCGAUUGAAAACUAGCCUAGAGUGCCAUCUGCCAUUGAAAACUAGUGUAGAUCGCUAUCUGUUGUUAAAAACUAGCCUAGAGUGCCAUCUGCUAUUGAAAACUAGCGUAGAUCAACAUCCGCUGUUAUAAACUAGCCUACAGAGCAUCUACUUUUAAAAAUACAAGCCUACAGUGCAUUUGCUGUUAAAAACUAGCCUAGAGCAACAUUUGCUAUUAAAAACUAUUGUAGAACACCUUCUGCUGUUAAAAACUAUCCAAGAGCAUCAUUUGCUAUUAAAAACUAGCAUAGAUCAGCAUCUGCUGUUAAAAACUAUCCAAGAGCGCCAUUUGCUAUUGAAAACUAGCAUAUAUCGCCAGUCGCUGUUAUAAACUUGCCAACAGCUCAUUUACUUUUUUAAUACUAACCUACAGCGCCAUCUGCUGUUAAAAACUAGGCUAGAGUGCCGUUUGCUAUUGAAAACUAGUGUAGAUCGCCAUCUGCUGUUAAAUACUAGCCUACAGUGCCAUCUGCUGUUAAAAACUAGCCUAGAACACCAUUUAAUAUCGAAAACUAGAGUAGAUCGCCAUCUGCUGUUAAAAACUAGCCUAGAGCACCAUAAGCUAUUGAAAACUAGCAUAGAUCGCCAGCCGCUGUUAUAAACUAGCCUACAGCACAUCUACUUUUUAAAAUACUAACCUACAGCGCCAUCUGCUGUUAAAAACUAGCCUAGAGCGCCGUUUGCUAUUGAAAACUAGCGUAGAUUGCCAUCUACUGUUAAAAGCUAGCAUAGAUCGCCAUCCGCUGUUAUAAAUUUGCCUACAGCACAUCUACUUUUAAAUACUAGCCUACAGCGCCAUCUGCUGUUAAAAAACUAGCCAAGAGCCCCAUUUGCUAUUGAAAACUAGCGUAGAUCACCAUUGCCUACAGCACAUCUACUUUUAAAUACUAGGUUACAGCGCCAUCUGCUGUUGUAAUCUAACCCACAGCACAUCAAAUUUAAUUUCUAGCCUACAGCAUCAUCUGCUGUUAAAAACUAGCCUAGAGCACUAUUUACUAUCAAAAACUAGCAUAAAUCUCCAUCUGCUGUUUGAGACUAGCCCACAGAGCAUCUAUUUUUAAAUACUAGCCUACAGCACCAUCCACUGUUAUAAACUAGCCUACAGCACAUCUACUUUUAAAUACUAGCCCGCAGCGCCAUCUGCUGUUAUAAACUAGCCUACAGAGCAUCUACUUUUAAAUACUAGCCCGCAGCGCCAUCUGCUGUUAUAAACUAGCCUACAGAGCAUCUACUUUUAAAUACUAGCCUACAGCGCCAUCUGCUGUUAAAAACUAGCCUAGAGCACUAUUUACUAUCAAAAACUAGCAUAAAUCUCCAUCUGCUGUUGUAGACUAGCCUACAGAGCAUCUUCUUUUAAAUACUAGCCUACAGCGCCAACUGCUGUUAUAAACUAGCCUACAGAGCAUCUACUUUUAAAUACUAGCCUACAGCGUCAUCUGCUGUUAAAAAGUAGCCUAGAGCACUAUUUGCUAUUAAAAACUAGCAUAAAUCGUCAUCUGCAGUUAUAAACUAGCCCACAGAGCAUCUACUUUUAAAUACUAGCCCACAGCACCAUCUGCUGUUGUAGACUAGCCUACAGAGCAUCUACUUUUAAAUACUAGCCCACAGCGCCAUCUGCUGUUAUAGACUAGCCUACAGAGCAUCUACUUUUAAAUAAUAGCCUACAGCGCCAUCUGCUGUUAAAAUCUAAGCUCGCAAUUGAUUCCAGAGAGAAUCGUGAUGUAUUCCGAACGUCUAAGAAACGCUACACAAAUCCGUUUAUCGUCCCAGCCUGACUUGUGAUACCAUGCAGAGAGUCCGAACAAACCGUUUACAGGAUGAAAAGUGACAAGGUGAAGUCAUGUUUAACUCCACAGAUAAUGGCACAUUUAUAGAGCUGCUUUUAUAAACAAAGUGAAACUGCAUGAUGCGUGUAUGUGUGUGUGUGCGUGAGUAUGUCGUGGGUUUAUAAUAGUUAUGCUUUACGUUCUGCUGUAGGGACUUGUGUUUAUCAGCAGGAAACCACUGAUCCGACAUUAGCGGCAUCAUGAUUUAUGAUUCCAGUUACUCAUGAAACGAUCGACUGAGUAUUACGUAUCAUCACAUGUUGGAGGUUAUGUUAGGACCCCCAAAACGAGAGUCACAUUAGGUCACUGAAUGAAUGGAUUCGAGUCUGUCAUGCCUUACCUUAUAUGUGUCUGUGUGUGUAUAUAAAUAGAGAUAUUGAUUUAUGGAAAGAGGCAAAUACUUCAUCUUCCGUCUGUCAUUUCACGCAAAUGUUUAGCAGAUCCUGAAAUAUCAUACUGAUUAGUUCGAGAGAGUACAGAUUGGAUAUUUUUCUACCACAACAAAAGCACUGUAAAGUUUACCAAAGACGUAACACUUUGAACCGCAUAUUUUUUACAUAAGCGAAGAGAUCAUAUAAUAUACCCUCCCUUAUCAAGAAAGUGUCCUUAUGUAUCUUAAACGAAUGCAGUUUGGAUCUCCAGCAGCCUUCAAAGUACACCAAACUCGUCCUAAUCAAACUGGAGUCACUCCAGAUUCCGACCGUAGCAUUCACACUUGCAGAAAACACUACAACUUGCUUUUUGAGACAUAUCAGGAUGAACCUAAUCCCGAUUACCAACCGAAUAUCCCAAUGGGCAUGUGUGUGCAAUCAUUAAAAGCAAGUGUUAACAUUUGUUACAGUAUUUUAGAUGUGUUUAACGCACUUGAUAUUCUCAGCAUGCAGUUAUUAUCUUGCUGUUCGUGUUCGGCACAUAAUUAAUAAGAAAUGCCAGAUCAAAUCCUAUUCGAUUGUGUGUGUGUGAAGCUUUAGUUUGAAGCAGGGACGGCACAUUCUUAAGCAUCGUGUCUUUUGUUGUAGUAUUGUUUUGAGGUGUGAAUGUUUGUGUUUCAGACUAUGGCAAUAUAGAGAUGGACUUCAGAGUGAAAUGUGCCACUGCAUCCCAGUUUGUUUACUACCGCAUACUACACACACAGGUAUGUACUUCAGGGGUGAUGGGAGAGAAUAUACAUGUUUGAAUGCAUUUGCUAAAUUAUUUUUUGUAUUUAUAUGCCAUGUCGAAGAUUAGAUGUACAGUUUUUCAUUAUUACAACUGUAAAACUGUUACAAUCUGCCUUUUUUGUAUGGAGGUAAUGUUAUGCCAAAACUAUCUGAAUUUGAAUUGUGUUCAUUUGAAUUAUUGACAAUUGUGAUAAAAUAAAUCUGAAUUUUUAUUUGACUUUAAAAA